CUCAAUGACUCUAUCAUGGGCCUUGCCUCGAGAGCCUCGAAUGGUAAAUUAGCCUCCGCAAAAGUUUACGAUCUCCUAAGGGUCAAGGGAGAAGCUAGGACUCCUAUGAGUUUCAUAUGGAAAUCCUACAUUCCCCCCAAACUCUCAUUUAAUGCAUGGCUGGCCCUAAGAAACCGACUACCUACACAAGAUAGCCUCGGGUAUCUUUAUAUCGUGAACCGGUGUGAUCUAUGUAAGGGUGGUUUGGAAACAAUACCACACCUUUUCUUUCUUUGCCCCUUUACUUGUAGGGUGUGGCAUCACGUAAGGAGCUGGAUGGGACUAAGACAUGAGAUGUCUACCUUGCUGAGUUCAAUCAAAUGGAUCAAGAAGACCCUUAAAGGAUCAACGUUGAAGGCCAAAGCAGCCCGCAUUGCUUUCUGUGCAACGGUGUACUACAUUUGGCAUGCUAGGAAUGAGUGCAGAUUUGAUGGAAAGAUGAAGAAGGAGGAAGAGGUUGUUGCUAAGGUCAAACAUGUGGUGUAUAAGGUACUCUACAACAUAUACCCACAUGAGUUGAUCACAUUUUGAUAAGAAUGAUAAAAGCCGUUUGUAUAGCCUCGGUUUUGAUAGGCUAAGUGCGUGCACUAAGGCGCAGUCCUAUUUUGUUUCUUUUUGAUUUCCUAUGCCGCGGCAUAGGUGAGCCUUAUGGCUAUCUUUGGUGAUGUCCCUUUAAAAUUUUGUAAACUUUACUUUGGGUAAUAAUAUAUUUACAUUUUAUCCAAAAAAAAAAAGACACAUCAAGCUAAGUACCUAUUCCUAGACUUGUGUUUAAAUUAGAUUGCAACGAUAUUGUUGCUGUUAUUUUACAUCACCAUUAUUUAUUAGGGAUAAAAAAUAUCCCGAAUUAAAUAAGGCGGAGCAAAGCUCUAGUGAUGGCUAGUCAAGCCAAUGUUUUAUUAAAUAUUUAACUUGUGGUGGGCCCAUUGGCCCACCCUCGAUCAACUUAAUUAGCGAUCCGAGCAUCUCUAGAGGGCUCUGCCCCAAUGACGCGUUUUAAUUUGGGGAUUACGCAUUAGUUUGCACGUCACCAAUGGCCUGAGCGACGAUCGUACCCUAGUACCAUCUGCGCCACCGGGCACGAAGUGACUGUUGCCAAACGCGGCCUAUGGGGACCGAGGGCACCAAAGAUGCUCAACCUCAUUUUUCCGAGGGCAGAGCAGCAACGUGUGUCUGAGUUUUCAAACUCACAGACCAGUAAUUUUUCUAUGCGACGUUCGGCAAGCCACUAAGUGGUCCCGCCCCGGACGGCCGUAACCCCGCACGAUGAGCCGGGCCGAGGGUCACAAUAACCCAUAGGCCGGCAAUCGAGAGCAUUGAAAAAAGAAUAAGGCCACGAGAUGGCUAUGUGUGUAUAUUAUGUCGGGCUAAACGGCCCAUUACCAUGUUAGUUAUGCAGUCAAGGUUGCUCAAUGCGCCCGAGCAGAAAAUUAAAUGACGUUCGGCAUGAGUUCAGAAGACGUUCCAAACCGGCUAAAGAAAGGGGCCGCGAGACGUUCAUACUUCCCCAAGAGGCCGAGGGUCAGGAGGAGACCAUCGCGGACAAUGACCGUAAGACGAACAUCUCCACCCCAGGAGCCGAUGGCCUAGAGGAGACCAUCGCGGCUGAGGGCCAUGAGACCAUCCUUACAUCACGACCGACCUCACGGAACGGCGUGUUUACACUUUGAAGACCGGCAUCAUCCCCGCACUACGUGGAUGAGAGCCGUUGCAUGGAUACACUUGAUCGGCCCCUCAUGGGCGGCGUACGUAUAUCACGAACGGCCUCUCGGCUCGGCAUACAUUAUCAUAUUCAAAAACCCCUCGAAAAAAAAUUAUCACAUUGGGGCACCGGGGAAUCUCCAAAGGAGAUAAACCCGUUUCCCGUCACAAUCGCGGUCGAGCCCAACUCAGGAUCCAAAGGACCGGACCAAAUGGGCAGGUAAGCGAACGGAUGGAAGUAUGCCCUAGGACAAUCAUAUUUUAUGAUUUAUCAAUGAAUAUUUAAUGCUCAUUAAUUAAUAAAGUCACAAACUCAUUUUAUGUUAAUUAUUAUUGUGAGUUUUCUUUAUUAAUAUUUAGUCCCUGAAUAUUAUGUUUAGUAGCUAAUUAAGUAUGUGACUUAAUUUUGGAAUGCUACACUUUAAAAUAAGC